UCCGCGAGAUUCAACGUCAUAUGACUCGUGUUUUUUUCUUUUGUUUUUUUUUUUACUACAGACGUUAUUUUUCGGCUCGACGCCGAAAAUAGUUUGUUUAAAUUAUGUCUAAUUCGCCGAGAUAAAUAAUCCCUUGGAAAAAAAUUGUCACUUGGAGAGUAUUCUUUCUCCUUUUCUUAAUAGAUUUUUCGAACUUAGUGAUGAAAAUAAUUUACAAUUCAUCAACCUGAAUAAUAUUAGGUUAGAUGUAUAACAUGGAAAUGCUCCAUGGAGUUGAUUACCAUCAGAUUCUGGCUAAACGUGGUAUCAAACUACUAGAUACGAUUGGAAGAGGAAGUUACUCGAAGGUCAAGCUUGGUCAUAUAUCUAAGAAUGACCCAAGACAAGUUGCUGUAAAAAUCAUUAAUCUAAUGAAAGCGCCUGAUGAUUUUAAAGAAAGUUUCCUUCCUCGUGAGCUGGAGAACUGGCCAUCACUCGAUCAUCGUCACGUAAUUAAAUUCUAUGAAGCUUUUCAAAUUGACCAAACUUUAUUUAUGAUCAUCGAGUUUGCUCCUCACGGAGAUAUGCUUAAAUACAUCCAAGCAAAUGGAAAUUUACCAGAGAUGAAAAGAAAAUUGCUAAUGACUCAGCUCUGCAAUGGUGUUAAAUACCUUCACGAUCGAGAUAUCAGUCAUCGGGAUCUGAAACUUGAAAAUCUCUUACUUGACGAAUCGAACUCAAUAAAAAUUACAGAUUUUGGUUUUUCGAAGAAAGUGUCUGGAAAGAAUCUAAGUCAAACAUAUUGUGGUUCAAAGUCAUAUGCAGCUCCAGAGAUUCUAACUGGUUGUCCAUACAAUCCGUUCAAGUCAGAUAUCUGGGCCAUUGGUAUUAUUCUCUAUAUCAUGAGCACAGGAAAAUUUCCAUUCGACAAAAAGAAAGACAUAAAGAAAAUUAUAGACGACUAUAGGAAGUUACACAUAUUUUGGGAUCGUUAUCCUAUCGAAAAUGAUUGCAGAGAGGCUGUCGAAAAACUUCUAGUGUUCCGUUUUCAAGACAGACCAUCCAUAGAUGAUGUGUUUAAGAUAAAAUGGUUUAUUACAGAAAAUAGUGUUUCGGAAAAGGCCUAACAGUUAACGAUUCCAUAUAAUUCUUCCUUAAUACCGAUUUCACAUAACUUCACAUUUGACAAAUUUUCUUUCCUAUCAACGAAGAGUACCUAAUUAACAUUUCCGUGUACAGCUGGUUUCCGUUAAAGUAUUAUAUUGCGUAGGCAUACAUACCAUUAUACAUAACCAAACAGUGGACGCAAUCUUUGUCUUAUCGUUUAAUUAUUUCAGACGGUUGCUCUUUUUAUAUAUAUUUUCUCUUUAUUUAAUUGUUACUUUUACUCAUAUCUUUUCUUUUUGUAUUAUUGUUUAUUAAAAAUACAAUACAAAUGAGUGUUGAUCUGAAAUAAGAUAAACCUGUAUAUCCUGGUAACGUUA